AUGGAAAACCGAAAGUCAUCGCUCCCUUUUCUUGAGGUCAUUGAAGGCCUCAAGAACCUCAAACGGGCUGGUUGGGUAGAGCGCGAGGUGCCCGAACCGGAAAGUGUGAGCGAUCACAUGUACCGAAUGGCUUGGUUCUGCAUAGCGCACCCUGAACUGGAAAGUGAACAUAUGGACAAGGCCAUUCUGAUGUGCUUAAUUCACGACAUUGGCGAAACCACGGCAGGCGACAUUACCCCGGCCGAUGGCAUCGAUGCCAAAACCAAACAUAUCCGGGAGAAAUUGGGGGUUCAGUUUUUAUCUCUCUUGCUCAAGCCGUCAAAUCCCUACUGGGCUUCGAAGAUGGUUGAACUAUGGGAUGAAUAUGAGGAGGGGGCGACCAGAGUUGCCAAGCUUGUCCACCAGAUCGACAAGCUUGAAUGUUUACAUCAGGCCUUGAUCUACUUAAAGCGUCACCAAGGCAAAACCGACUUCCAAAAAUCUUUUGCGAGUUUCAAGGAGCUCCGCAAAAAGAUCUCCGACCCUUGGCUCUCGGCAGAUGCGGAUGCUAUCCUGGCCGAAUGGAAUGCGCUUACAAAUAAGGAGCAGCAAGCAUCGACAAAUGUUGUUUUUGUGAUCGGCGGCCCUGGCGUUGGGAAAGGAACUCUAUGCGCUCGCAUAGCCGAGGACCUCAACUUUACACACGUGUCCGUGGGCGACUUACUGCGGGAGGAGAAAGACAAUCCCGCCUCAGAGUUUGGUAGCUUCAUCCGGGAGAGCUUCCAGGAGUCGGUCAUUGUUCCUCCCUAUCUUACCACGAGGUUGUUGAAAGACAGGGUUCAGGCUAUACAAUCCCAGAACCGAGGAGUUCUCGUUGACGGCUUUCCGCGGAGCAUCGAGCAGGCUGUUGCAUUUGAGAGAGAGAUCUCUGACACCUACAUGACCGUAUGCCUUGAAUGCUCGCCUGAGACCAUGAUCAAGCGUGUUCAAGCAAGAUCAGGCUCGUCAAAUCGGGACGACGAUGAUCUUGUCACAUUGAAGAAACGGCUCGCUACUUUUUCUAGCACCAAUGAUGCUAUAGUCAAGCACUUGUCAAAGAACAAGAUGGCGAGAGUUGAUGCCGCACGAUCUUCGGACGAAGUGUUUACCUCGGUCAGGGAGCUUCUCGUUCGUGAACUAUGA